CCACAAUGACACUUGGUAAUGACUCCACACAAAGGUGAUAACGCUAUCCCCGAUAUGGUAAGUCGAGGAGAUGCACGCCCGGUUAUCGCUCCGUUGGUGCUUAGCACGGAAGUUAAGAUAGAGUCUACGUUGUCUCGCCGUCGAAUUUUCCGGAAGCUUAGAAGUCUUCACACGUAUCUCACAUCAUUCUACUCGGCGCUUCCGUCAAACGUGCUAAUCAUUCAGUCGCAGGCACGACCGAGGGCGCGAACCACUGCGGGGUAUGGACUAGGGUCUCGGGGUGCUAGACCUACUCAUACGAUAUCUAUGAACUCGGCUGUAAAACGAUCUUGCCAUGGCUGCGCACGGUGCAAGAGGCGCCGGCAGAAGUGUGAUGAGCGCAAACCGGCCUGCGGUCGAUGCCUGAAGGCUGGAGCUACCUGCGAAUACAAAAUCGUUCUGAAAUGGAAUGGCCGUGUGCCCAGAGAAACGAAAUCAUCACGAGAAGGAUACGAUGUCGUCAGCCCGAUGUAUGAGAGCAAUCUCUCCGAGUCCCCUAGCUCUACAUGGACAGAGCUAGGCAAGCAUGAGCCCAAUGCAUCUCGCGCGAUGACUUUGUUCCCGCAACAACCACAUCCUGCACUCUCGUCAACAGCCAGGCUUCUUCUUCACCAUUUUAUCACCGAAGCAUCAAUGAUCUCUAGUCACUCAUAUAUUCGGGAUCAAAUGUGCCGCGGCAUUCUUCCCAUGGUCCACCAAUCUGACUCAUUACUUUACGCGACAAUGGCAUUUUCAGCGCUUCAUCGAUCUACCCUUACAAACGCCCAUCAAGAUCAAUACGUCCCCGAAGACCUCAUAUCGCAUUUCAUCACUACCAGUAUACGCUGUCUUCGCCGAGAUCUCGAGGUCCCAAACUAUCCAACUCAACCGCUCCUCCAUACGAUUAGAACCCUCUGUCAUUGUGAGAUCUAUUCGGGACGAGCGAGCUCAUCAUGGCGUGUCCAUGUUAAAGGCGCGGGAGCCAUAUUUGCAGAGAUAGCGUCGAGGCGAGAUCUAGAUCGUUCCGAGUACAGUUUCUGGCUUUGGUCAAGGUGGUUCCUGUCUAUCCAAGCUUUGACGGCAGUCACGGAUGUAGGAGGAUUGUCGGAGUUAGCUGCCGAUGGAAUCGCAGAAGAAAACUUGGAGCAAGAUUACUUUUUCGACACAUAUUCGGGAUAUUCAUCGGAUCUCAAUCCCGUGCUGGUGCAAAUUGGCUUGUUGGCUCAAAAUCGGGAGACCGAGGAGUACGACUCGGAACUCCGCAAUGAACAUUGCGUCAGUGGGGAUAAUGGUGAUAGAGCCCGUCACCUGGAACGAAUCAUUCAAGAUAUGAUCCAUCGCGACAGGACGAUCGGGCUGAAGAUCCCUGGCCAUCUCUUGCUGAACACGGACACAAUACGACAGUUUGGCGCGUGCAACACUGCAUACCAGAAUGCGUGCCUGAUACAUCUGUACAGGCGAGUUCAGAAUCUGCCUACUUUCAGCAAUGAGGUCCAGGGAUGUGUGAGGGAGAUCUUGGAUACCCUGUGCUCUAUACUUCCGGUCGCAAAGCUCUCCCCAUGGAUCUUAUUGACUACGCCGAUAUACACCGCAGGAUGUGAGGCUGUAGGCCAAGACAGGAUCUUGGUAAAGAACCUCCUCUUGGAGCUGUACUCCCAACUGCACAUAAGAAAUAUACUGAGGGCGGUCGCACUGCUGGAGAAUCGCUGGGAAAGAUUGGAUCAAUCUAGGGAUCUGCUGCAAGGGCCGAUCGGAGUAUCCAGAGAGAGCAAGCUUUUGAAUGAGAAUAGUGCUGAGUUUCUUGACUUCAUACCCUAUUGAAUCAAUCAUCUAUCAAGUCACUUUAUCUCUUUGGUCACCACAUAGAAUAUGAAUGAAACCACAGGUCCUCGGG